AUGGCUGAACCAACCGGCAGAGCGUCGUAUGAAACACCGUCCUCCAAGGACGACAGGAAUUCCUUCCAUAACAAAGUGCAGACAUCUGAGAACCAACCUACGACAUCGCAAUCCCCCCGUGAACCGGGAGGCGAAAAUAUCGUAAUUCUCGUCGCGGCGCGCGAAGAACUUGGGACAAGUCGAGCAGAGGCCUCUGCUCAGGUGUGGAAAAAGUCGUCGAUGUGGGUGCUGUACACCAGUCUCUACCUAGCUGCCUAUGUCUACUCGCUAGAGUCGAGUACUACCUACUUUUAUACUCCAUUUGCGACGAGCGCGUUUCGUUCCCACUCUCUCCUCUCGAGUGUCGAAGUUGUCUCGCAGCUCAUUCUUGGUGUUGGAAAGCCCAUCAUUGCUCGAAUCGCGGAUUUGCAAUCCCGGUCAUUUGCCAUCUACGUCGUCAUUACGCUCUACAUCCUUGGAUACAUCCUCAUUGCGUCCUCCCAUACCGUAAGCCAAUACGCAGCAGGCCGUGUAUUCCAGUCCGCUGGAAGCACAGGUCUGCAAUUGAUCUCGCAGAUCAUCGUCGCAGACGUGACUCCCCUCAAAUGGCGUGGCUUUGUCGCUGCCACGCUUUCCGCGCCUUAUAUCGUCAACGCAUUCAUCGGCUCGCGCAUCGCGGCAUCCAUCACGACUUCAAACCCAUCUACCGGAUGGCGGUGGGGAUACGGCAUGUUCUGCCUUCUUGUCCCAGCUGCCGUGGCACCCAUCGUCGGUACGCUCGUCUGGGGUGAGAAGAAAGCCGAGAGAUUGGGGCUCGUAAAGAGGAUGGAUCAAGAGCAAAAUAAAGAGCCUUUAUUGCAGAAGCUGAAGAGGUUUGUGGUAGACUUGGAUUUGAUCGGUUUGAUACUCUUGACGGUCGGCUGGGGCCUACUAUUGGUGGCCUUGACGCUCUCCGGUGGCGCUGCUGGUAGAUGGAAUAAUCCUUCUAUUAUCGCCAUGGUUGUUGUUGGACCGCUCAUCUUGAUCGGAUUCGGUAUGUGGGAGAUUAAAUGGGCAAAGUAUCCUGCGAUCCCGGGCAUGUUUCUCCGCAAUCGCGCGCUCAUGUGCUCGUCAUUUAUUGCCUUCUUCGACUUUAUCUCGUACUACUUGACUGCUCUCUACCUCACCUCGUUCUUAUACGUGGUCAAAACCCCCGACUGGUCUCAGUCUGCUCAAAACUACUUUGCUUCUACUCAGGCGGUCGGGCUGACCAUCUUCGCAAUCUUGGCGGGACUUGUGAUGCGAUGGACGAAGCGAUAUAAGUAUCUGCUGAUCUUCGGUCUUGUGGUUCGCUGUAUCGGCGUCGGUAUCAUGAUCAAGUCGCGUGGUGCUCAUGGGAGCGAUGCGGAACUCAUUCUCUCUCAAAUUCUCCAAUCUGUCGGGGGGAUUGUAUCCAUCACCGAGUUCACUGCAGCUCAGGCGUCGGUCCAGCAUAAGCAUGUAGCAAUGGCAUUGGCGUUCAACUUGCUCAUCACGGAAAUCGGUGGUGCCAUUGGUAGCUCGAUUGGGGGUUCAAUAUGGGUUCAUCUUAUGCCACGCUAUCUCGCGAAAUACCUUCCCGGUACCACCGAGGAGCAGCGAGCGACUCUUUUCGGGUCUAUUGUGAGCAUAGUUGCACUGGACCCUUCAGAUCCAAUACGCGUUGGUGCAGUCCAAGCGUACUCCGAUACGAUGAAAAUUCUGAUCAUCGCGUCCCUAGCGUUUGGGCUGAUACCGAUCAUCUUGGCAUCGAUUAUGCCCAACUUUUAUCUCGGAGAUGCACAGAAUGCAAUUGACGGACUGGGUAUCACCGGUCGGAGAGUCGAAGAGGUCGAUUCGAGGGCCAAUAGUACGAGGAAGAUAGCUCCGGUGUAA